AUAGAUAAAUUAUACUACUACCAGUUACCCAAUGUACGAAUCUUGUUCCGGAGGAUCCACGGUCAAGCUUUAUGUAACAAACGAGAGGGAGAACCAAGCAAGUUCAGUCACAAAAAUGGCCCAUAACCCUAAAUCGUCCACUUCCAAGAAACGGCAACCUCAAAAUGCCAAAGUCUCAGUAUAUGCUGCACAAUGUGGGGAAUGCUUUAAAUGGAGAGAGAUACCUACACAAGAAGAGUUUGAGGAUAUCAGAAGUAGAUUCAUAGAGGACCCAUUUUUCUGCAACAAGAAAGCCAAUGUUUCGUGUGAUGACCCGGCUGAUAUUGAGUAUGAUGCCACUCGGAUCUGGGCCAUCGACAAGCCAAACCUCCCAAAGACCCCACCUGGUUUUCAAAGGGAGUUAGUGCUUCGAAGAGAUUUCUCUAAGAUGGAUACCUAUUAUGUUACUCCUUCUGGAAGGAAAGAGAAAGCCCUAUCUGGAAUAGCAUCUUUUCUUGAAGCAAAUCCGGAAUACAACGGUAUAUCUGUUUCAGACUUCAGCUUUACUACUCCAAAGCUGAUGAGCGACACGAUUCCGGACUAUGUCGAAAGGAAGGUCUCAGGUAGUGGAAAUAAAAAGAUGAAAGCAUUGAGGCAGGGAGAUGAUGAUGUCUGAGAAUUUUAGGGAGAUAUGAAGGGCUGUUUCUCGCUUUAUGCCAACAUUUUCUCAGUUUUCUGGUAUUUAAAGUAAGAAAUGAAUUAUCAUGUAGUGAAUUCUUGAUCAGCAGUUCAUGAUCUCUUUUGUGAGGCAAUUAUUGAUAAUUGUUACAUGUUUUGAAAAUGCACUUUACGGUGUUAUUUUUGGAAGCAAUACUAAUUUAUUGUCUCUGGAGCUGAGUUUCCAAUCA